GUCACCUGGGCUCAAGCCAGGGGCCCGGGGCGCCCCUGGACUGACGCGCGCGGCCCCGAUGUCGGUUCAGGAGCACAUCACGCCCGAGGGCUUCCGCCUCGACGGCCGCCGCGUCCACGAACCGCGCGCCGUCCGCUGCAGCGUCGGCGCCCCGGGGGGCUGCGACGCCGACGGCUACGCCGCUUUCGAGCUGGGCGGCACAAAGGUGAUCGCGUACGUGUACGGGCCCAUGGACGCGAAGCCCCGGGCCCAGGCGAACCACGACCGCGCGUCGCUCUCCUGUGUGCUCUCCACCGCCGCCUUCGGCGCCCCCGCGAGGGCGUCGCGGCCUGGGCGGGACCGGCUGUCGCAGGAGCGGUCGCUGUGGAUCCAGCAGACGCUGGAGAGCGCCGUGCCCCUGGAGAUGUACCCUCGCUCCCAGAUCCGCGUGUUCGUGCAGGUGCUCCAGUCGGACGGCGGCGUCGUGGCGGCAGGCAUAAACGCCGCGACAUUGGCGCUCGUCGACGCAGGCAUCCCCAUGCGGGACCUCGUGGUUGCGUGCUCGUCGGGCAUGCUUGGGCACAGGGCGGCGCUCGACCUCAGCCGCGAGGAGGAGCUGGCUAGCGGGGCACAGGUGCUCGUCGGGAUGCUGGUCAGCGCCUGCAAGGUUUCGCUCCUGGAGGUCGAGUCCAAGGUGCCCGAGGACCAGUUCCAGCCCCUCUACGACAUGGCGGCGGCUGGCUGCGGGGCGGUCGCGGAGCAGAUGCGGGCGUGCCUGCUGGAGCACGCGGCACAGUGUUUCUCCCUGCGGGCGAGCCUGCGACACGGCAAGAAGGGCUGAGCGCGCGGGGCGCCGGCCGGGUCGGGCGGCCCGCCUCCUCCCCCCGCCGCGGGCCCGCCUCUCGUUGCCCGUCGGAGGGUGCCAGCCACACGCCGCGGCAGCUUCGUGGCGUGCCCCGGCGGCAGCGGCCCCGCCGGGGGCGUGCCGG